AUGCUCGAGUGGCACUGCAUGGUCUCGGUUGAAGUGGCUGUGACGACGCAGUCCAUGACAACGGAAAGCGCGGACUUUAAGCGGCAAUGGAAGCACUAUGCAUCGACGCUCACAAAAGCGUGUUUGAAGGCCAAGCUCAGCGACGAGUGGGUGCCUCAAAUGGACGUGCGCACGGGCACGUGCUACUACUUCAACCUCAAGACCGCGACCACCCAGUUUUGA